AUGUCUUCAUCAACUUUCCAAUCCUUCUCCAGCUCCAGUAGCUCCACAACCAUCAACGGCCAGACGGUUUCAAAAUCCGAGCAAACAUACUCAGACCCCAGUGGCACCCGUACACAACGUACCCACCAAGCACCGGGCGAAGCUCCACGCAUCGAGCGCUUCCACACCGAUGCGAACGGCAGGCAGAUUGACAAUCCGCGCGGCACGGACGCGAGACGAAUCCAGGAUGUGACUGAAGAGGAAGAUGCACGUGCCAAAGGAAGGCAAUACGAGGAGAGAAUGGAAGACGAGUAUGCAAAGAGGGAGGGCGGUGCUUAA